GGAAGUAAAAACUGGUGAUACAGUCACUACCUGUUCAUCUAUAUAAGUUAAAAGCGCCGAGUCGAACAACAUUUCUCGUCAAAAAUCAGUGAAGAAGGACCAAUAAGAAAGAAAAUGAUCUUGCGAUUUUCGUUUCAGCGAGCAAGGAAUCUGAAGGCCUUGAGGCCUCAGAUUUUCGCUUUGGGAGACUUGAAGUUCUCCACGGCAGCUGAGCCGUCUUCUAGGAAGCAUAAUCCUCCGAGGGUUCCCAAUCUCAUUGGAGGUUCUUUUGUCAAUUCACAAUCAUCAGCAUUCAUUGAUGUUAUAAACCCUGCAACGCAACAAGUUGUUUCACAAGUUCCUUUGACUACUAAUGAAGAGUUUAAAGCAGCAGUAUCAGCAGCUAAGCAGGCUUUUCCAUCAUGGCGUAACACACCAGUUACCACACGACAACGGGUCAUGUUCAAGCUCCAGGAGCUUAUUCGCAGAAAUACAGAUAGGCUUGCCAUGAGCAUUACAACUGAGCAGGGAAAGACUUUGAAGGAUGCUCAGGGGGAUGUUUUCCGUGGCUUAGAGGUGGUGGAACAUGCUUGUGGCAUGGCAACUCUGCAAAUGGGAGAGUAUGUCCCCAAUGUAUCAAGUGGAAUUGACACAUACAGUAUGAGGGAGCCACUUGGUGUUUGUGCUGGAAUUUGUCCCUUCAACUUUCCAGCAAUGAUUCCCUUAUGGAUGUUUCCCAUAGCCAUUACUUGUGGUAAUACGUUUGUCUUAAAGCCAUCAGAAAAGGAUCCUGGUGCAUCUAUAAUGCUUGCUGAGUUAGCCAUGGAGGCUGGUUUACCUGAUGGUGUUCUAAACAUUGUACAUGGCACCAGUGAUAUUGUGAAUGCUAUUUGCGAUGAUGAUAAUAUCAGGGCUAUAUCAUUUGUUGGCUCUAAUACUGCUGGCAUGCAUAUAUAUGGAAGAGCAUCAGCUAAAGGAAAACGUGUUCAGUCAAAUAUGGGGGCCAAAAAUCAUGGGGUUGUCUUACCUGAUGCAAACCUGGAUGCUACAUUAAAUGCUCUAGUGGCUGCUGGUUUUGGUGCUGCGGGACAAAGGUGCAUGGCCCUCAGCACAGUGGUUUUUGUUGGUGGCUCAAAAUCAUGGGAAGAUAAAUUGGUUGACCGUGCUAAAGCUCUAAAAGUCACUGCUGGAACAGAACCAGAAGCAGACCUUGGUCCAGUGAUUAGUAAACAGGCUAAGGAACGAAUAUGCAGAUUAAUUCAAACUGGCGUUGAAAGUGGUGCUAGACUCCUGCUCGACGGGAGAAAUAUAAUGGUUCCUGGAUACGAGCAUGGCAAUUUCAUUGGUCCUACCAUCUUAUCUGGGGUUACAGCUGACAUGGAGUGCUACAAGGAGGAAAUUUUUGGACCGGUUCUUAUUUGCAUGGAGGCUGACAGCUUGGAAGAAGCCAUACAAAUUGUUAACAAAAACAAGUAUGGUAAUGGAGCUUCAAUCUUCACUUCAUCUGGUGCGGCUGCAAGGAAAUUCCAGACGGAGAUUGAAGCAGGACAGGUUGGGAUCAAUGUUCCUAUUCCAGUUCCAUUGCCCUUUUUCUCGUUUACCGGAUCGAAGGCAUCAUUUGCUGGUGAUCUUAACUUCUAUGGUAAAGCUGGAGUUAACUUUUACACUCAGAUCAAGACGGUAACUCAACAAUGGAAGGACUUACCGAGUGGCAGUGGAGUAUCCCUUGCGAUGCCAACUUCCCAGAAGUUAACAUAAAAAUAAUCAAUCUCUUAUAAUUAGAACCGACUCUCAGUAAUAAAUCAAGAAGGUUUUUCCUUUCCUUUGUAAAUGUUCAGUUUAAGUCAUAAUUCAAGACGCUUGAAUUUUCAUAAAACAAACUAUUAAGUAUUUUGCAA